AUGACACAAGAAGUUCCACCAGAAAUUGCUUCAUUAACAAAUUUGUUCAUAUUGGGUUUUGCAUUAACUUCAAUAGCUGUUAGCAGUUUAUUUACACUUUCGUAUCUAACGCCAUGGAUUCGACGAAAAAGAAGCGACUAUAUGGCGCCAGUUACAAUUUAUCGUUCGACGCCGGAGAAACAGUUCUACAAGCUUUUGAAUGAAGAUCCGAAGGACCAUCGGCGAUUCACGCCAGGCACACUUUACCUAUCUGUAAUUAUACCAGCGAUGAACGAAAAAGAAAGGCUCCCAACAAUGCUUGAAGAAUGCUGUGAAUAUUUGAAAAAACGACAAUCUGAAAACAAAGAAUUCACUUCAGAGGUAAUAAUAGUUGAUGACGGUAGCAUCGACGAUACCGCUGAUGUUGGAGUUAUGUUUGGUGUUAAAUACCCAAAUUUAAUUAAAGUUUUAAAGCUUGAUACAAAUAGAGGAAAAGGCGGUGCUGUGAAAGAGGGUGUCCUAAAUUGCGCUGGAAAGCUUAUUCUCUUCGCAGACGCGGAUGGAGCUACUAAAUUUGAAGACUUCGAGCUUCUCGAAAAAGAAAUCGUUCGCAUGACUGGUGACUCUCCGCUUGACGAGUCAUUCCCAGCAGUUGCUGUUGGUUCAAGAGCUCAUUUGGAAGCCCAAGCAACCGCAGAAAGAUCGUUAUUUCGCACAAUUUUAAUGCACGGGUUCCAUUUAUUAGUCUAUACAUUUGCUGUAAAAAGUGUACGGGACACUCAAUGUGGAUUCAAGUUAUUUACAAGAGCUCUAGCAGCAAGACUAUUCCCAGUUCUUCAUGUCGAGCGUUGGGCUUUUGACGUUGAACUUCUUUAUCUAUGCGAAAAGUGGGAUAUUCCUGUUAGCGAGGUUUGUGUCCGCUGGAAAGAAAUCGAAGGUUCGAAAAUAACUCCAAUAUGGUCUUGGCUCCAAAUGGGGAGAGAUCUAGUCCUGAUUUGGUUCAGAUACACGAAAAUGGGCCGAAAGUCGACAAAAUCAGUUAGCGAGGAGGUUUGUCCGAGCAAUGAAAUUGUAAUGAAAGAAGAAGUUGUUUAUAACACUUAUGAUGAAUGCACGGACUAUAUUGACUAUGACGAUGCGGCUGAUUUUGAUGUGAAAAAGUAUUGUGAAAAUAUUCAGAUUUUCAUUGUGAAUGAGAGUAACGAUGGUAUGACAUUGGAAUUCGAUCUAACUCGAAUCGAGGCUCCGAUUGCAAAUGCUCUUCGCCGAGUUUUGAUUGCUGAAGUUCCAACGAUGGCCCUGGAGAAAAUUUAUCUUUAUCAGAAUACUAGCGUUAUUCAGGAUGAGGUUUUGUGUCACCGACUUGGUCUUUUGCCGCUGAACGUUGAUCCACGGAAAUUCUGUUUCCCGACCACAAAAGUUGUUGGUGUUAAUGAAGAAGGUGUGGAUUGUGAAGAAGAACCGGCGGGAGAUCCAAAGCGCAAUUUGAUCUUCAAAAUCAAUGUGACGUGCACGAAAAACCGCAACGCGCUGCCAACAGCCACAGAUCCAAAACAAUUGUACCAUAAUAGUUCGGUAUAUGCGCGAGCUUUCAAAUGGGAACCAAUUGGCAACCAAGCGAAGGAAUUUGCUGCCAAAAAACCAAAAAUUGUUAAUGAUAACAUUUUGGUUGCGAAAUUGCGGCCAGGACAGGAAAUUGAGGCGAGUUGUCACGCAGUGAAGGGAAUUGGACGAGAUCACGCGAAGUUUUCGCCUGUUGCCACCGCUUCCUACAGACUUCUUCCAACUAUUCGCUUGCACGCUGAAAUUAGUGGUGAAGCUGCUCAACGUCUUAAAAGCAGCUUCAGCGAGGGAGUUAUCGAUAUUGUUAAGAAAGGAGGAAAGCAAGUUGCUGUUGUUAAAGAUGCGCGUAAAGACACCUGCAGUCGAAAUGUUUUCCGCCACGAGGAUCUUGCAAAAGUUGUGCAGCUUGGAAAAAAUAAACAACAUUUCAUUUUCAGCGUAGAAUCUACUGGAGCCUUGAAGUCUCACGAACUUGUGGUUGAAGCUUGUAAAGUUAUGGAAACAAAAUGCAGCUAUCUUAGAAAGCAAGUUGAAGAACUCCUUGGAUCAGCCAAUUUUUAA